AUCCAAUUCCUCCUCCUCGUCCUCCUUUUCUUCCGCUGGAUCUUCAUCCUGCAUCCUCGUGCAGUUCUGCUCUUCCUCUGGGGCUGUGCUGCAUCUUGUCCCUGGCACGGCAGGCCCGCUGCUUGGGUUUGUUCUUUCCUUGCGUUAUUUCUGCCUCUGCUUGUCUUCCUCCUUUUGUUGCCUUUCUUUGCAUUCUGUUUACUUCCUCUGCCUUCUUUGCACUGUUUUCUCUCUCUCUCUCUCGCUCGGGUUUGUCUCCCCUUCUCUCUUCUCCUCUCGCAUCCCUCCUUCCCCUCUGUCUCCGCUUGUCACAAUCUUUUGCUUACUUCCAUUGUCGUACUAUCCUACGAAUCACGCGACUUCUCCGGUGCUGGUGAUUCUGUCAUGUACCGUGAUCUUCGUUAUAUUUUCCAGAUGUUAGAAUUGCUUUUGUCGGUGUAGAGCGCUGCUGGAUUAUUGUACAGAAUCCAGAGGUUUUAAACUCCUCACGAGCUAAUCUAUCGUUGGUCACAGGCGCAAUGCAUGCAUGAUCUCUAGUUGACUAUGCACUGAAUUGAUGCUUAUUUGACGCAACUGGUCCUCAUUACGAGUUUUCUUUUUUCUUUUUUCUUUUCUUUUUCUCCCUUUCUUUUUUUCUUUCUCUCACUCUCAAUUGCUGCGGUUGAUGUUUGUAGACCUUACAUAUUUUGGAGUAGAAGAGCAGCAUUUCAUUUUUGAAUUGCCUCUAAUAUGAUUUAAGAAGCUCAAGUAUAAAGUAUAAUUAUUGCCCCAUCAACCCUGUCUCGUAUUUAUCAAGAUACAUAAUUUGAUACGAAAACGGGUUGCAUCACCCUUUGAGAAGCUUUGUUGCCGUCUAGUGUAGAGCCUCAGAAACUGAAUGUUGCUGCUGAAUAUGAAUGAAAGAUAACCUUCAGGUGUUUUAGGAGUAGUGAUCAUCAAAGUUAGAGGGGAAAUUGAAUGUGGAGUUUGUCCUGAUGAUAAGUUCUAAGGCUCGCUCGAAAGCUACUGGGUUCAAUUCAUGGUGCGACGGACCAUGAUUCUGGAAUCAGGGUUUAGCAGUGUCGCACGUCUUCCGUUUUUAAUCCUGAUUCUAGAAGGUUGAGUACAAGGGGUUUGCGAUCUUGUUUCUCAUGAGUGGCAAUUAUACACAUUGCAACGUUUUUAGGUGGCGAGUUAUGGUCUAAUUAUCGACAUCUUGUUCAAUUCUGUGUGACACCUCCACGCUUGCAGUAUUUGCGAUCUGAUCCUUAUUGUGUAGAUGUUGAUGAUUUCAUCUGUUGCUUGCAGUGCAUCUGUUGUGGAGUUUGCGCACCUCCCUCUCCUUCGUCGAUUCAAAGUGAUGCCUUACAAACAUAGUAAUUCUGUGCUGUACGCACAGCUACUGGGGCUUGAGCUAGGAGAAUCAUAACGUUAAUUGUUAUCUAUUUUCCUGCACAAGGAGUUAUAAUAAUGUCAUCGAUUGAUAAUUGCCUGUGACGUGUUUUGGCGUUCAAGUGGUGAUACGAAGGCAUGGAAAUUUCAAGUAAAGUUCUUUAGCAGACCGGAUCAGAAAAGGGAUCCUCUUCAUCUGCCGAGGAGCAAAUACAGUCGACUGAAUCUGAAAAUGGCGUCGACCUCCAAAGCCAUUUUUUCUUUUAUCUGCCUCGCUCUCCUGUUGCCAUUAUCGUCCUGUAAUUGCGUCGCUCCGCUUUACUCUCAUCGGACUCCAUCUGCACAUGCCUGGCUAGCCUCCCGCCUCCGUUCUAAAAAUGUGGCUUCCCUGUCAUCUGCCCGUUGGUCCCAACUUGGCCGCCUCCCGCCCCCACCUGCUCCUCCGUCUUUUACUCUCUUGGACUCCGUCUCCCGACAGUUUGUUAACUGGCUACAUCAACACUCUCACCCUUCUCAUCCUCGAAACUUCUCCAUCACCCCCAUCGAAAGGCCUGGUUUUAAGUCUGAAGAAAUUCCCUUGGCUUUGGCUGCGUUUGCCGCGAAGUCUUUGAACAAUGGAGAUGUUCUCCUUGACCUUCAGCUGGAUUCAUGGUUGUCUGAUGUAUUCGCCUCUGAAUCGAUCCCUUCGCUUAAAGAUGCUCCAUGGGAGGUGCGCCUUGCCUCCAUACUUCUUCACGAAAGAGCCAAAGGCAGCGGGUCUAGGUGGGACCCCUAUAUUAAGGCACUACCAGAUUUCAUUUUUCUUCCUCUAUUCUUUACGGAUCUGGAAUUGAAUAAUAUUCAAGAUGCUUCCGUGCAAGAUGAAGUUCAACGUUUGAGGAGAUUCAUAGAAUCGACAUUUCAAUCUUUGACUCCGGAAGAAGUGGCUGGAUCUAAGUUUACCGAAUAUGCAUGGGCUAUGGCAGUAACCUACAGUUCAGCUUGCCGAAUAAUUGUCCAGGGUACCAUACACCAUGUAUUGGUUCCAUUUGUCAGUUUUUCUUUUGAGCCAAAUUCCAAAGUGACUGCUGUUAUUGCGGAUGGAAGCAUACGUUUGCAAGCAAUUGAGAAUAUUCCAGAGCAUAGUUUCUUAUCUAUGUCAUACGACCACAACAACUCAAGUGAUCUUUUUAUCUUUCGUGGUAUAGUAGACAGCAAACUCAUCAAUGUCCUCCUUUUCAGCAGCCUUCUGGAUCUGGUGGACUGGUAUGUGACUUCAUAUGGUGCUCUCAAUAAUAAUAAGUACUUGACUUUGAGAGUUGUUCAAGAUGCGAAGGUUGCUUUUGAAAACCAGCUCAUGUCACCUAUGACAACCACAGAUCUGAGCGGUGACGGACUUUUUAUUCUGGGAUUGGAUGGUAGCGUGAAUCCUCGAAUACUUUGUUUACUUGGAAGUCUUUUCUAUGCGAAGGAACUCCUUGCCAGAGAAGUAGGGAGAGAGAACAUGGACAUUACAAAUAUGAACAACAUGAUAGGCACACAGUGGGAAAGGGACAUGAAUACUAUGGUUAGAAGCUUUCUUAGAAUCAGUACUCUUGAUUGCGAGAGGAUUAUGGGAUUUGAUGAUAAAUUUAGCAACUCAACACUCUCGGCAUUAAGAGCUAUCAAGGAGCGAAUUCACGGAUUGAUGUGUACAUCAACUACAGCAGAAGAAGAUAAAGCCUUUUUAGCUGCAGCUGAAUGGGAUGGAUUUGGAGGCUUGGGAAUUAGUGAGUCCGGCUGUCCAUCUUGCCGUUGGCAAAUUGAGGAGAUGAGCUUCAACGACUACCUUGCUGUUUCAUAUCGACUGUAUCGCAAGGGUGUUCUUAAGAUAUUAAUUUCUCACCUGUCUUGUCUGGAUGUUGAGGAAAAUAUAGCCCCUUCUAAUGUCGUCCAUCAGAAUGGCACAGACACAACAGAUCAGUUUGUUAGCUGGAUGGAAGGGAAUGGAUUCUCAAUUUCAGAGAAGCUUUCAAUAACGCAUCUACUAGCUGGAGAUGGAAAGCUUGUGCGAGGUGUGGUAGUUUUGAAGAACAUCAGACGUGGGGAAACUUUAUGCAACUUGCCGUUAGAUAUGGGAUUGUAUGACAAUGAGACUAUAGUUGCAGGAGAAGUUGAUAGCUGGGACCGGGCAGCUGCCCGGUUACUGCGAGAAAAGGCAAAGGGUAGCUCUUCAGCAUGGGCGUCCUAUAUUAACAUUCUUCCACAGAACAUGACUGUUCCGAUUCUGCUCGAGGACCAUGAACUGCAUGAGGUGCAAUGGUGGCCAGUUUUGCGAGAGCUUGUGCAAGUGAGAAAAUCCAUUCGAGAAAGUUUUUCUUUGUUGAGCGUUGAUGACCUUGCUGGAGCAGAUUUUGAAGAGUACAGAUGGGCAGCAAUGAUGGUUCACAGCCGAGCAUUUACUCUUCCUGUCUUUGCUGACGAUCAUUAUGCCCCAUAUGUGAUGAUGCCGUAUAUGGACAUGAUUAAUCAUCAUUACCACUAUCAGGCUGACUGGAUGUCGCAACCAAUCUGGGGCGGCAAGGUUGAGAUAGUUGCAAGACGAGACAUUAAGAAGGGUGAAGAAUUGUUUGCAUCCUUCGGUCCUAGAGCCAACGAUAAUCUGUUUCUUUAUUAUGGUUUUGUACUAAAGGAUAAUCCUUUUGAUGUAGCUGGAAUUUUCGCUUCAUAUGAGAUGGUUUCUCGAUACAUGGACCACAAGCUGCAAACAUUCCGUGAAUCCUCGAUCUUUGGCUUCUUGCAAGAGGCUACGGUGGGAGGAACAAUGGAAACUGGCUAAAGAUGCAUUGGAGAACGUUUCAGGACGAGGCGCAAGCCUAAAUCGAGAGUGGUGGCAUCUUGUCAAUUUAUGGGCGGAUAUGGGGUAUCAAUACAUUCCUUUCCAGCCAGGUCCAACAGUUUAUUUUGCAGGCAUAACAGACCCAAGCCUAAUUGCAUUGUUUGAAUCUGUUGUCAACAACACGCUGCAGUUAAAUCAGACUAUAUUAGCUACCACUAAAUUUAAGGAAUCUUCCCUUAGCACAGGAGUGAGUAGUAACCAGACCCUAAACGUGGGUCUUCGAAGCUUCUUCACGUGUAUGAAGAGCCACAUAAGAGAGCUAUCCCAACAUCCUGUAGUGGAGGGGCAUCCUUGUUGGGAGGAGUUUGUGACAGUGUCCGAGAUUGCGGACGCCUCAACUUGGUCGUUGCUAGUGGGCAAGAUUGCUGUGGGUGUGCGGUGUCUGGAGGUGCUAUCGUUGUUUCCUACUACAAUCGAAGAAGACGAAGCUUUGAUCAACGCAAGCAAUAAUAGUCGCACAUGUGUUAGUGGGACGUCCUGCUCAGGGCGACAGACCGUUAGUGAACAUCUUCAGUUAACUCGUGAAUAUCGCUAUCUGAAGAAACUUAUGUUGCAAGAAGUUGUGCAUAAAUUGAUUUCCUGAUUCUCCCA